AUGGAAAAGUUGAUGAAAUCAAUGGAGGGUAUGCCUGGAGCACCUGGUAUGAAAAUGUACUCGAGGGAAGAUUUGAUGAACCAAAAAUUCGGUGAUGAAGAUGCAGAUGACGAGGAUGAUGACAACGAUGAUGACGUCCCCUCCAAAUUAGGAAAAGUUUUAAGAGAAAAAGACAGUAAAAAGUAUGACUGGAAGGAGCGGGUGCGAAGAGGGGCCGUUGAUGCCGGUGAGAAAUUGAAAGGUCAUGCAAUUCGGGUUUCAAACAGGAUAAGACAGUGGUGGAGAAGAAGCCAGAAAACCAAGAGUUCCAAGUCUGGUCAGACAGAGCUAUAA